AUGGGUCGCUCACGCAGAUUCGCACCAGGCACUGCUCUGAUCGAUCGCUCUCUUACGCUGCUGAAAGCCAAGCGCCCUGCUUGCCCAGUGUCGUCUCCUGUCGAGUCGAUGGCUGCCGAAGACUCUUCUUUCUCAGAUCUGAGUUUCGCUGGGAACCUUCAACCAGGAACAACCAAGGUUGCUUUACAGUUGAAUGAUACUCAUCCAUCACUUGCCAUAGCUGAACUCAUGAGAGUUCUUGUCGAUGAAGAGAAUUUGGAUUGGGAUAGAGCAUGGGGCAUUGUUUGCAAAAUCUUCUCAUUCACAACACACACAGUAUUGGCAGAAGGACUUGAAAAAAUCCCCGUUGAUUUACUUGGCAGUCUACUUCCUCGCCAUUUGGAAAUUAUAUAUGACAUUAAUUUCAAGUUUGUGGAAGAAUUGAAGAAAAAGAUAGGUUUAGAUUACAAUCGUCUAUCCCGUAUGUCAAUUGUUGAAAACGGUGCUGUGAAGAGUAUUCGGGCGGCGAACCUAUCAAUUGUUUGUUCCCAUACUGUAAAUGGUGUUUCAAAAGUACAUUUUGAGUUAUUAAAGACCAAGGUGUUCAAGGACUUCUAUGAGCUGUGGCCUGAGAAAUUUCAGUACAAGACAAAUGGUGUAACUCAGCGACGAUGGAUUGUAGUAAGCAAUCCCAGUCUUUGUGAUCUUAUCACAAAAUGGCUUGGAAUAGAAGCUUGGAUUCGCAAUGUUGACCUUUUGACUGGCCUCCGAGAAUGUGCGACAGAUGCAGAUCUACAACAAGAAUGGAAGAUGGUACCUUCUAGCUAAGAUCACGAGCAUUGAUGCAAAAGUAAUGUGUUAACAUGUUCUGGCCAUUUCACAUUGUAGGUUAGGAGGGUUAAUAAAAUGAGGCUUGCAGAAUACAUUGAAGGGCUGAGUGGUUUAAAGGUCUGGAUAAAAAAUUACAAG